AUGCCCUUUCGCUCUAAGGCGAGAGCGACUCAUCAGCAGCAACUUUCGCUUUUGGUGGUGUUUACAUCAAAAUUUUCACUGAAAAUAUUUCAGCAAUCCUUGUUUAAUCAAUAAGUGAGCAAAAAUAUCUUGCUAGCGUAGGAAGAAAGUUCCGAAAAUAGUGGCGAAAAAGUGGUGAUUAAAGUAGGACCCUCGAUAAAUGGAUGUAGCAAAGUCUUUGUUCGGCAAUCGAGAUCACGAAGGAUACGUAGGCAAAGAUGAGCAUAUGAAAAAACUGGAAUCGGCCAACUCGGAAGAUGACGGAGAGUUGGUCGAACUGGCGGAAGGGCUACACAUUAGCGAAGGUCUGCGUCCGACAGCAGGAGGGCCAUUUUCCGCCCUAACACCGUCGAUGUGGCCCCAAGAUAUAUUGGCCAAGCUGGGACAGCCGGAACCGAACGAACCACCCAACCAUCAGCCGGACUACCGCUUUGACGAGUUUGGUUUCCGCGUUGAGGAGGAGGAUGGUCCCGAACAGAGUUCGAACAAACUGUUGAGCAUUCCGUUCAUGGAGGAUCCUGCGCAGAGACUGCAGUGGAUUGCCCAUUUGGAAUUUUCCCACAACAAGGAAGCGACCGAACUGACAUGGGACAGCGUUGAUGUGGUGCUUCCGCGAACGGAGAAGCUGAGAAAUAUGGUUCGCGCUGGGAUUCCCCACUCGUUGCGUCCGCAGAUGUGGAUGCGUCUGUCGGGGGCGCUGCAAAAGAAGUUGAAAUCGGAAACGUCCUAUCCGGACAUUGUGAAGGUAUCGGCAAACGAUGCACUCAUGACGUCGAAGCAGAUCGAGAAGGAUCUGUUGCGAAUUAUGCCGACGAAUGCGUGCUUCAGUUCGUUGAGUAGCACCGGAGUUCCGCGGUUGCGCCGCAUUCUGCGGGGAAUCGCUUGGCUCUAUCCGGACAUUGGCUAUUGUCAGGGUACGGGAGUGAUAGCAGCUUCGCUGCUGUUGCUUCUAGAGGAGGAGGAUGCCUUUUGGAUGAUGGCCACGAUUGUGGAAGACCUGCUGCCAGCGUCGUACUACUCGUCGACCUUGCUGGGCAUUCAAGCGGAUCAGCGAGUGAUGCAGACCCUGAUCGGAAACUAUCUGACCGGGGUGGAUGAAACACUGAAGAGCCAUGACAUUGAACUGUCGCUCAUUACGCUCCACUGGUUUCUAACGCUGUUUGCAAGCGUGGUGCACAUGAAGAUUUUGCUGAGAAUCUGGGACUGGUUCUUCUAUGACGGCUCGAUCGUCCUGUUCCAGCUGACACUUGGAUUGCUGAAAAUCAAAGAACCCUCGUUGAAAAAUCUCGAAAAUUCCGCCCAGAUCUUCAAUUCCCUGUCGGACAUUCCCGGCGAUAUCGACGAUGUGGAGCAUCUGUUUUCCAUCUCGAUGGAAGUGGGUGGUUCCUUGUCGCCGAUGGUCAUCGAAACGCACCGCCGUCGACAUCUGGCUUAUUUGAUGGCCGACCAGGGUGCAUUGGUUGGGAAUCCGGAAGCGGGCUCUAAUCUACCGAAGCAACAUUUGGCCCGACGGCAGGUCAAGAAGUCGAAGUCGAUGAUCCAGAUGAUUCUGUUCGGCAACGACGAUGGGGACGACGAGUUGAAGAACAAGAACAUACGACAGACGGAGAUUUUGGUUGAUCUGAGGGAGGCAAUUCUCAAGGUGGCGAGGCACUUCUUGGCCAUCGAGCCGAAGCUCACUGUGCAUAUCAAGCUGGUUGCAGACUACAGCAUGGACAGUCAUGCCAAAGAUCACGAGAACUACAUCAACGUGUCGAGAACGCGCAGCCGGCGGGCAAAGGCGCUGCAUGACUUCGAGAGGCACGAUGAUGACGAGUUGGGAUUUAGGAAGAACGAUAUCAUAACUAUCAUCAGUCAGAAGGAUGAGCACUGCUGGGUGGGUGAGCUAAAUGGGCUGCGUGGGUGGUUCCCUGCGAAAUUCGUCGAACUGUUGGACGAGCGGAGCAAACAGUACAGCUGUGCAGGGGACGAUGCAAUUUCCGAGACGGUUACCGAUUUGGUACGUGGAACGUUAGCACCAACCAUCAAGCAAGUCCUCGAGCAUGGCAUGAAACGUCCGUCGUUCUUGGGUGGCCCAUGCCACCCAUGGUUGUUUAUCGAGGAAGCCGCAACUCGUGAGGUGGAAAAGGACUUCGAAUCCGUCUACUCGCGGCUGGUCCUCUGCAAAACAUACCGACUGGACGAGGAUGGAAAAGUCCUAACCCCGGAGGAACUGCUCUACCGUUGCGUUCAGGCAGUCAACCAAAGCCACGAUGCGGCGCACGCCCAAAUGGACGUCAAACUACGUUCGCUCAUCUGUCUCGGUCUAAACGAGCAGGUGCUGCACCUGUGGAUGGAAGUACUAUGCAGCUGUACCGAGAUCGUUCACAAAUGGUACCAACCGUGGAGUUUCAUCUACUCGCCCGGUUGGGUGCAGAUCAAGUGCGAACUUCGGCUGCUGUGUCAGUUUGCCUUCAAUCUCAACCCGGACUGGGAACUGCCGGCCAAGCGGGAGGCCACGCAGAGCCAACCGCUCAAGGACGGGGUGCGCGACAUGCUCGUCAAGCAUCAUCUCUUUUCCUGGGAUCUUUAGAUAGUGAGACAUGUGUCGUCUCUACUGGUAGCUAGCAAAACAAAGUACUGGUUUUAUUUGCUGUUUUAGGUUGUUUUAAUCCGAGAUUAGUUUCCUUAUUUAUUAGUUCCCGUUACGUUCCUUACAGUCUACAGACCGAAACCACUUUGUCUUGUUUUUUUUUCGAAAUGUUUAGACCAUUCCUCUUCUCUUGUCAAUUGCUGCAGUUGAAGCCGAACUUUUGUUCUUUAUGAAAAUUUUACCAUGUGUUCAAAAUAACCAAAUCAUUUGAUGUUGUGCAUCAUAGGUUUCCAAUUAUGCAUUAACUAAUACGUUUUAAAUGUUGUCUUACAUUGUGCGGUGUAACAAAUGAAAUAUUUAUUGGAGUACAUAUAUAUAUAUUUACCCUAAUCUACAGUGUAUAACAAUACUUACUGUAUAUGUCAAACUGCUUAUGAGAAAUUGGAAAUAAACGUAAUAAAUUAAACUCAA